GGCUCCCACAUUUCAGCAGGUGCCGAGUCGAAGCUCCCGCCGCCGCCGCCCGUGCCUCCGGCUCCUCGGCGCCCCUGCUCUGCUCUCCCGCACCCGCCCGCUCCCCCAGGCGGGGCCGGCGGGGGUGCGGCUCCCUGCCCGGCGCUGCGCACCUGGAGGUGCCUCGCCCCUCUCCUUCCCACCUCGGAAUCCCGAGUCCCCGCUCCUCUCCUGUCCACCUGUUUCCCCAGAAAGGCAGGAUCCUGGUCCCUGCUGCAUUUCUGGGGCCAUGGCGGGUCUGGGCCCCGGCGGAGGCGAUUCAGAGGGGGGACCCCGACCCCUGUUUUGCAGAAAGGGGGCCCUGAGGCAGAAGGUGGUCCACGAAGUCAAGAGCCACAAGUUCACCGCACGCUUCUUCAAGCAGCCAACCUUCUGCAGCCACUGUACCGACUUCAUCUGGGGAAUUGGCAAGCAGGGCCUGCAAUGUCAGGUCUGCAGCUUUGUGGUUCAUCGACGAUGCCACGAAUUUGUGACCUUCGAGUGUCCAGGCGCUGGGAAGGGCCCCCAGACGGAUGACCCCCGGAACAAGCACAAGUUCCGCCUGCACAGCUACAGCAGCCCCACCUUCUGCGACCACUGCGGCUCCCUGCUCUACGGACUGGUGCACCAGGGCAUGAAAUGCUCCUGCUGCGAGAUGAAUGUGCACCGGCGCUGUGUGCGCAGUGUGCCCUCGCUGUGUGGGGUGGACCACACUGAGCGCCGGGGGCGCCUGCAGCUGGAAAUCCGGGCCCCGACGGCCGACGAGAUCCAUGUGACUGUCGGUGAGGCCCGUAAUCUCAUUCCAAUGGACCCCAACGGUCUGUCUGAUCCUUAUGUGAAACUGAAGCUCAUCCCAGACCCUCGGAACUUGACAAAACAGAAGACCCGGACAGUGAAAGCCACGCUAAACCCUGUGUGGAACGAGACCUUUGUAUUCAACCUGAAGCCCGGGGACGUAGAGCGCAGGCUCAGUGUGGAGGUGUGGGACUGGGACCGGACUUCCCGCAAUGACUUCAUGGGGGCCAUGUCCUUUGGUGUCUCAGAACUGCUGAAGGCACCCGUGGAUGGCUGGUACAAGUUACUGAACCAGGAGGAGGGUGAAUAUUACAAUGUGCCGGUGGCCGAUGCUGACAACUGCAGCCUCCUCCAGAAGUUCGAGGCCUGUAACUACCCCUUGGAGUUGUAUGAGAGAGUGCGGAUGGGCCCCUCUUCCUCCCCCAUCCCCUCCCCAUCCCCUAGUCCCACAGACUCCAAACGCUGCUUCUUCGGGGCCGGCCCAGGACGCCUGCACAUCUCCGACUUCAGCUUCCUCAUGGUUCUAGGAAAAGGCAGUUUUGGGAAGGUAAUGCUGGCCGAGCGCAGGGGCUCCGACGAACUCUAUGCCAUCAAGAUCCUGAAAAAGGAUGUAAUCGUGCAGGACGACGAUGUGGACUGUACUCUGGUGGAGAAACGCGUGCUGGCCCUGGGGGGCCGCGGCCCUGGCGGCAGGCCUCACUUCCUCACCCAGCUCCACUCCACCUUCCAGACCCCGGACCGCCUGUAUUUCGUGAUGGAGUACGUCACCGGGGGUGACUUGAUGUACCACAUUCAGCAGUUGGGCAAGUUUAAGGAGCCACAUGCAGCGUUCUACGCAGCUGAAAUAGCCAUCGGCCUCUUCUUCCUUCACAAUCAAGGCAUCAUCUACAGGGACCUGAAGCUGGACAAUGUGAUGCUGGAUGCCGAAGGACACAUCAAAAUCACUGACUUUGGCAUGUGUAAGGAGAACGUCUUCCCUGGGACCACAACCCGCACCUUCUGUGGGACCCCGGACUACAUAGCCCCCGAGAUCAUUGCCUACCAGCCCUAUGGGAAGUCUGUCGAUUGGUGGUCCUUCGGGGUUCUGCUGUAUGAGAUGUUGGCAGGACAGCCACCCUUUGAUGGGGAAGAUGAGGAGGAGCUGUUCCAGGCCAUCAUGGAGCAAACGGUCACCUACCCAAAGUCACUUUCCCGGGAGGCUGUGGCCAUCUGCAAGGGGUUCUUGACCAAACACCCAGGGAAGCGCCUAGGCUCUGGGCCGGAUGGGGAGCCCACCAUCCGGGCACAUGGCUUUUUCCGCUGGAUUGACUGGGAACGGCUGGAGCGACUGGAGAUUGCGCCUCCUUUCAGGCCACGCCCGUGUGGUCGCAGUGGUGAGAAUUUCGACAAGUUCUUCACGCGGGCGGCGCCAGCGCUGACCCCGCCAGACCGCCUGGUCCUGGCCAGCAUUGACCAGGCGGAUUUCCAGGGCUUCACCUACGUCAACCCAGACUUCGUACACCCGGAUGCCCGCAGCCCCACCAGCCCGGUGCCUGUGCCCGUCAUGUAAUCUCACCUGCUGCCGCUAGGUGGCCCCAAUGCCCCCUCCGCGCGCCAGUCGUAGCCCCCUUCCCCAUUCUAGAUCCUGCCCCCAGCCUUCUGGCCUCUGCCCCCAUGGGUUCUAGAUGCUCUCUCAAGCAUUUCUGACAUUCUAAACUCCAUGGAGUCUCUAGAGCCUUCCUGUGUUCUAGAUUCUACUGUGCUGAGCCCUAUAUUGCCUCCCAACCCCCAGAGUUCUGGGUACUCCUCCAACUGGUUUCCAGAACCACGACUACCAUCCCAACUCCAUGGGGUUCUAAACUCCAUCUUGGUAGUUCAAUGCCUUUUUCUCCCACCCCAUCCUGGGGCAGUAGUCUCUUGGGGUUGCCUGCUCCAUACUCUGAUUAAAUCCACCCCAAUCCUCUGAGGCCCCUCCCACUUCUGCUCCAGUUGUAGAGUAAGAGGGAGGCUAUGCCCCCCCCCCCAUUCUCCAGGCCCCUCCCUACCACACGCGGGUAUACCUGGGAUUUGUGAAGGAUUCAGCUUUUGUUGUAGACUCCCCCGUCCCCAAUCUAUCACUGCUCACCUGUCCAUGCAUGGCUCCAGUUUUACUGGGAACCUCUCACUCCCCUGCCCAGUGCCUGCCACUCUCUGGGAUUCUCUCCCUUCCUCCCCCUCCUCUUCCCUUAGCCUCUCCCACCCGGACACAGCUGCUGGAGAAUAAAUUUGGGAUGCUGAUGCUGAA